AUGAUGAUAGUAGAGAAAGAAAGUGAUGCAAAAGAAGUGCAAGGCCUUUAUUACAACAAAAAUUAUAAUAUUUAUUUUUUGGGUAGAAAAUUUAUUAAAGGAGAAAAAGAUAAGAUUACUUUGAAAUACUGGCAAAUCAAAUUAUUUUUGUAUGGAUC